AGUGUGGUUUACCACUUUGAUCACAACAUACAGGACCUUUAAGGAACAUUGGAGAAAUUGACUUGAAUCUUUGGUAUCUGUUGGCGUCGGUUAACCGCGAAUAAAUUUUCAUCAUAAAAAUUAAAAUGCAUUUAUGAAGCGCAGAUAAACUUGGGUAUUUUUUGCACAUUUUUACCUUUUUAUUCAGAUAUUUUAUUCAUAAUCCACAAAAUGUUUUCCCUUUCCAUAUGGAAUACUUUUUUUAAAUUUGGUCAAGUAAUGAAAAACAAAAUUGCUAGGCAAAUUCCCAACACGACGAAAUUGAUACAUUUGUAAUAAAAUCUUGCUUUAUAAACAGGAUAUAAGCAAUAAUUUGGAAGAUAAUUUUGCCUUAUCAUUCCUCUUUUUUAGACUUGGAGUAUUUUUCUUUUAUAUUUAUAUUACUAUAUAUAAAUUGUUUUUUCUUUUAUAUUUCAAUUAUAUUUAUAUUCAUAUAUUUUUUUACCCCCACCCCCUCAAAACUUGCAAAAAAUCCUAUUAAAAUACUGAUAAUUUUGUAAAUUACUUUGGUAGAAUCAACAAAAUAGAGCCUAGCCAGCCUCUUUGAAAGUGCAGGACGACCUGGCUGAAUCUAGUGGAAGUGAAGGCAACAAAUUCUGUAAACUGCUUGACACACUGCCCGAUUCGGUGGCUGUGCUCUUGUAAAUUCAAUGUGGUUUACUUACGGUCGUGGUCCGGAGUGAAAAUACCACCACCACCACCACCACCACCACCACCACAAAGACUGUAUUCAUGCAGAUAACAUUUCCCUGAUUACAUUGAAAUUUUUAUCAUGUCUAAAGUAGACAAGAUAAAUUUUAUUUAUUUUUGUGUGCGCACUGUACUGGAUUGCUUGAUUAAAAAUAAUGAUAUUGAUUAUUAUGAAAAUGAUAAAUGUGCAAAUAUCCUGUUAUCCCCCGCUAAUGUAAUUGAAAGAGGAUAUUGAAAUGGCGUUGUCCGUCAGUCCUUUUGUCUUGAUCCAUAUCUUAGAAACAGUUUGCAGCACAGUUAAUGUGAUGAGGGAAAGUCUCACAUGUCAUUAAUAUCUAUUUGGUGAGUGGUUAUUGCCCUUUGUUAGAAAGUGCUUUAUUGCCGGAAUUCAAUAUCUAAAGCUGUAUAAUUACGGAGAAUUGGUUAGAUUGUAAGAAACUUUGUAAGAAAGUAAUAUAUGGAAAGGUGCUGAUCGAAUAAUAGAAAUCUGAGGUAUGGUCCUUUUUCAAUUCAAUAAAGACCUUUUUGUUAAGGAAAUUAAUGUUAGUCAAUACUGAUAAGUGAUAUUUUGAUAUGUGUUGGUACCAAUCCCAUUUUCUAGCAAAACAACAAACCACCACAAAGCAACGACCAAAGAAAAAAUAUGUAAAAACUGGCACGUUAAACAUAAAACAGGUUAAAUAUCAAAUUUUGCCAUCCAUAUAACGAUAUUGAAUUAUUUAUAGAGAUUGGAAUUUUGACAUCUGGCUACUGAUAAAAUGAAAUUACUGUUAAUUGUUUGGAAAUGCCAAACCCGGAAUAAUUGCUAUGACAUUUACGGAUUAUGCAAGAACAAAGAGUCAUGAUCAUCUUUCAUGUUCGUUUUAGCAGCGCAACAAAUUGCACCGCCGUUUAUUUCGGCUUCUUGUUUAUUAAGUGUUGUUGAAUUUAAUAUUAAUUUUACAGCAAGAAAGCGUUUUCGAAAAUUUUGGUUACAUUAUGAUAAGGAAAAAAGAACACUUAUAAACGAAGAACGUCGGUGCCAGCUUAUGUGUCCGUUUAUUUCAUAAACUGGAAAUGAAUUCGUCCGAAGAUACAACAAAGGAUUGGUACGAAGACUACUCUGAAGAGGACAGUAGGAAUACCACACGUCCAAUUGAUGUUAUUUCAAUUGUUAUUUGUAUUUUAGGCAUACUUGCAAACAUUCUGUCUUUAUAUGUUGUUAAACGAAUAUUUAAAAAGUUGUCAACACACUUAAAACUGAUAAUUAGUCUCUAUUGUUCAGACUGUUUAAUUCUGAUUAUGACUCUUCUUAGUAAAAUAUUAACCAUGACGCAGCGAUCAAUAUUUUGCCUAAAUGCUGCUGUAAGACUGGUGACUGACCUGGCACUACUUGCAACAUUGUUGAAUCUUCUUGCCAUAGCAGUGGAUCAUUAUUUGUCCAUACUUAAACCAUUGAUGUGCAAGAUGGCAUUAACGAAGAUCUGGGAUAUGUGUGCAGUGUUUGUUAUUUGGUUCGCGAGUCUUCUAGCAAUUGCGGUUGAAAUAAUUAUGGGCAUAGUUCACCAACGAGAAAAGGAAUCACUGUGUGUGGUAAUUGCAUAUGAUACCACUAAUGCCGAGUAUGGAAUUGUGACUUCAAUUUUUGUCGUCUUAUUGGUGAUUUUUCUGAUUUACGGUAGGAUCUACAUUUGGAUCGUCAGGAACAGGUCUAUAUACAGCAAGACGAGUCAUUGGCAGAAAGACACAAGUAACAAUAAGGCCUUAGUAUCUACAUCACUCUUCGUUUUGACAUUCGCACUCUUCUGGAUGCCGAUUGGAAUAUUCAAUCUUUACAUACACAAUAAAGAUGUCAUGUACAUCUCGAACAAUCUAGAAAAGCUUGAGCAGACUGGGGAUAUAUUGUAUGUUAUAAUGUUGCUAAAUGCAAUCGCAGAUCCGAUCAUUUAUACGAGGUUCUGUCUGCCACAGCUAUACAGAAAAUCCUUUAUAUUUCGUACCAGAAUGAGGCGCGAGCCCACUAAAAAACUCGUAUUAACAUCUGAAGAAUAAGAGGUUUACCUAAGUUCAGAGAGUCAGUAUGAUGAAAGGUUUUCCCUAUCGUAUCGGCAUAACGUACAUUUAUGGAUAAAGCAGCUAGGAGAUGAAUAGACUCCAGUAAUUCAAAACCAUUUAGUUUACGAUCACGCAGGGAUAAACAGUUGCUACAAAUCUGAUGUCACAACCCUAAAAGCAACAACGGAAUUUUUCGAUCUUUUUAAUGUAAUUGUCAGUCCCAGAGAAUAUAUGGACAACUGUUGUAUCUGUGAUAUGGAAAUAUUAUCCCCGCUUUAUAUGUCAAUUCUAAUAUGGAAAUAUCCAGUAUUCCAGUAUCCCCGCUUUAUUUGUAAAUUCUAAUAUAGAAAUAUCCAUUAUUCCUGUUUUAUUUAUAAAUUCUACUUUGACAAUAUCCUAUAUUCCCGCUUUAUUUGUAAAUUCUAAUAUGGCAAUAUCCAUUAUCCCGCUUAAUUUGUAAAUGGUUAUAUGGAAUAAUCCGUUAUUUACGCUUAAUUUGUAAUUGCAGUGAAGAAAUAUCUAGUAUCCCACUUUUAUUUCUGGUAUAAAUAUAUCCAUUAUUCCUGCUUAAUUUUUAAGUUCUAAUUUGGUAUAAUAUCCAAUAUUCCUGUUUAAUUUGUAAAAUUCGAAUAAUUUAUAAACGCAUUAUUUGAAAAUGUUAAUAUGGAAAUAUACCCACUUAAAUUUUUGAUAUUAUAUGGCAAUAUCCAUUAUCCCAGUUUAACAUUUUAAUAUUGAUAUGGCAAUAUCCAUUAUUCCAGCUUAAUUUGUGAAUUCUGAUACAGAAUUAUAUAAUGUGAAGCGAGGGAUGGUGAUAGAUCUAAUUAUAUUUACUUAUUGUUGUUACAUUGCCUUAAGGCCCUAGAGUAUAGAUAUAUAACAAAGAUUAUUUUGAAUAGACUUUGCUACAAGAGUAAAGGGAUCAUGGUAGACAAUACAAGGAAAAUAUAAAAAAAGUCAAGUCAUAUUCCAAUGCAGAUUACUGGAAUAAAAUGAAAAGAAUAUCUAGAAAAGAUAAAUUUAAUAUUAAGAUACACAUUCAAGUAUGUGUCGAACUGAUUUAAUUUCAAAUGAGGGUAUUAUUAAGACAGAUUGUUUUAAUUUAAAGACUGCUUGUGUUGAACCUAUGUUCAUAAUUCAGGUAACUUCAUAAAUACAGCAGGUACCUUAAUCUGACGAGUAGUAUUGUAGAAGUACAUGAUAAAUCAAGGAUAAAAAGAUAAGAUAUUUUAGUUUCAAUAUUUAAAAAAGUAAAUGCUAAAUUAAUGAACAAUCUAUGUUCCACACAAACGGAGAGUGGAAAUGCUUGUCAAGAAUCAUCGAGGCUUUAUAAAUUAUCGUACUUUACUGUUAUUUUUGUAAAUAAUCAUAAGAGCGUUCCUUUUUUAUCUGAUUAUCUUUUGAACAUAUUUGUUAGAUGCUGCAGUUGUUAUAUACCUUUUUGUUUCAAUAAAUAAAACUGUGUUA